AUGCUUCAAAGAGGCGCCAAUAUAGACUGCAAAGAUAAGAAUGACUGCACACCACUGAUAUAUGCUGCAUCCAAUGGAGAUGAAGAUUUGGUUAGAUUGUUGCUCGAAAAGGGUGCUACUCUAGAGAAUGAAGACUAUACGGCCUCCACAGCACUAAUAUGCGCUGCCAAAAAUGGACACGAAGGUGUUGUUAAGCUACUGCUUGAAAAAGGUGCUUUCGUCAAUCGUAUGGAUUGUGGUGAUUGUACAUCCCUAACAUAUGCCGCGAUGGAAGGACAUGAGGGUGUGGCCAGACUGUUACUUGAAAAGGGUGCUAAUCCGGAGUAUGGAGAUACGAAGGGUUAUACCCCAUUAAUUUGGGCUGCUAAGAAGGGCCACGAGAGAAUAUUUAGGCUGCUAGUCGAAAAGGGUGCGAAUAUCGAGCACGGAGAUGAUAGCGGUUGCACGCCACUAGCAUAUGCUUCUAGCAGAGGACAUGAGGGCAUUGUCAGAUUGUUACUUGAAAAUGGUGCCAAUCCUGGACAUGGAGAGUUCAUUGAUCGCAUCAUUGAUUGCACACCACUGCUAAUCGCUACUCUUCAGGGACAUGAGCAUGUGGCUAGGUUACUACUUGAUAAUGGUGCUGAUAUCGAGUCUGCUAUUCAGGGACAUAAGGGUCUAGUCAGCCUGCUGCUCGAAAGAGGUGCCGAUAUGAACUGCGAGGAUGAGGAUAGUAAUACACCACUGAUACACGCCGGUAAGAAUGGAGAUAAGGUUGUGGUUAAGUUACUGCUUGAAAAGGGUCCUCCUGAUCUGGAGCGCAAAAACUGGCAUCGCAUGACAGCACUCGCAUGUGCUGAUGCGAACGAAUACUAG